AUGCUAAGUCUGGCUAAAAACCCAUUUUCUUGGAAUGAGAAGGGGAACAUCAGUGGCCUAAUAGGCUCUCUGUCCCUCUCGACUGAAGAUGGGUCUGGUAUCCCUGUGGAGAACUUAAGUGAGGAUAUUGAGUUGAUAGUUGAUUUUUAUUUCUUUUUGAGGCAGAUUUGGUUGCCGAGGCCAGCUGGAGAACAAGUGAACACCACAGUUUUGGACCUGGGAAAUUACAGCACAACAAUCAUAGACGUUCCUUCAGCCGACACCUCCUUGGUUAUAAAGAUGGAGCCUUCGUUGGAUCCUUUACCAUUUAAAUUGUACCUGGGUUUCACUGAUUAUCCCACAGAGACUAAUUAUGUGGCCAUGGCUCAAAUGCCUCUGCAGGGAACGACAGAAGAGGAGAAAUACACAUGGAUUGUCCAACCUGAGGAACUCAAGGGAAACACUGGAGUCCACUACCUUGUGGUGAGACCCAUCGUGGGUCCAGGGAUAAAAUCCAUCAAUGCCAGUUUAUCAGUGACCCCCAUCGCAUCUUCGUGUAGAUUUUGGGAUGAAUCUAUAUUGGAUUGGAGCACAACUGGAUGUAAAGUUGGUGUCAAGACAACACCCAUGGCCACCCAGUGUCUCUGCAACCACCUCACCUUUUUUGGGAGCUCUUUCUUCGUCACUCCCAACCUGGUCGAUCCGUCGCAGACGGCUCAGCUCUUUGCAACGUUUGCUGAGAAUCCAGUGGUGGUGUGCUUUGUGGGAGCUCUCUUUGUGACUUACCUGUUGGUGGUUGUGUGGGCGCGGCGGAAAGACAUUCAAGACACAGCCAAGGUGAAAGUGACAGUUCUCUAUGACAACAACCCUAAGGACGAAUACCGCUACCUUCUGUGUGUGCGCACAGGCCAUCGGAUCGGAGCCUCCACCUCCUCUCAGGUGAUAGCUACGCUUCUGGGUGCGGAGGGAAACAGUGAGCCACACCACCUGACCGACCAGAGGAAACCUCUGUUCGAGCGAGGCGCCGUGGAUAUGUUUCUGAUAACCACGCCCUCCUUCCUGGGGGAGCUGCAGGGCAUCCGACUGUGGCACGACAACUCAGGCAGCCACCCUGCUUGGUACGUGGCCAAUAUCAUGGUACAAGAUCUACAAACGGAACAGAAAUGGAAUUUCCUGUGCAAUUCUUGGCUGGCAUUAGACAUGGGUGAUUGCUGCAUUGAUAGUAUCUUUCCUGUUUCGACAGAAGAGGAGCUGAAGAGGUUUAGUAACCUCUUCUUCAUGAAGACAACGAGGGAUUUCUGUGACGGACACCUCUGGUACUCUGUGGUCAGUCGACCAGCCGGCAGCAACUUCACCUGCGUUCAGAGAGUGUCCUGCUGCUUCUCCCUGCUGCUGUGCACCAUGCUGACCAGCAUCAUGUUUUACGGGAUCCCAACAGACCCGUCUGAGCAGGUCAUGGACCUGGGUCAAUUUGAGUUUACCUGGCAGCAAUUUAUGGUCGGAGUUCAGAGUUCCCUCAUCAUGUUCCCAAUAAACGUGCUCAUAGUUAGUAUCUUCAGAAACACUCGUCCACGAGAGACUUCUUGUUGUGGAGGCAGAAAAAAAAAGUCUAAAUCCAUUCAGAAGGACGGCACAUCCUCACAGAUGGACACAAAAGCUUUUUUGGACAUCAUCACUAAGGAUGUCACAAGACUUGCUGAUUUGCUCUGUAAGACGUCAAAGAACAACAUCCCGACCACAGAGUCCAAGUUUGGACCCAAGGAAGAAAGUGAAAUCAACACCAUCCUCUCCAAGAUGGAGGAUUUCAUCCAAGAGAGGCACAAAGCAGGGGACAAUAGACGGUUUCAUCUGCCAGAGAGCGGUGGUCAUGUGAAUCCUCCAUCGGUGCUGGAAGCAACUAAGAAGAAGAGCAACAAGACGCAGCAUCUAUACAGGAAAUUGUGUCACAUUGACAAAGAGCUGAGCUUGUUGGGUCCCUCCAGCUUCCAAAACCCACACAGUUACAGCCAGGCCCUAAAGCAAGUCCAAAAUAUGAAGCGUCUCAUUGAAGACCAGCUGUUCCCACCAACCCAUGUCAAAGUGGAUGAGCCAAAGAAGUUUCGUCCAGCAGAGGUCGCUGCUAGUGAUGGCAAAGGGAAAAAAACUUUGUGCUGUCAUGGAAUGCUCCCCUGGUGGUUUGUCUUUGUCGGCUGGCUGCUGGUGAUAGCCACCAGCGUUGUGUCAGGAUAUUUCACAAUGCUGUACGGACUGAAAUUUGGGAAACAACGUUCCAUAAGCUGGUUGGUAUCGAUGAUUAUCUCCUUCUUCCAAAGUCUUCUUUUCAUUCAGCCUCUGAAGGUGAUAUGUCUCGCAGUCUUCUUUGCGUUGAUAAUAAGGAAAGUAGAGGAGGAAGACUUACACAAUGUCGAAUUUGUAGAAGAAAAGAGAACAGGUGAGACUAAGGAUCACGAUGCAAGCGGAAUGAAAAGACUCCUCUAUGAGCCACCUCCUCCUGAGGCCAUUGAGAGGAUGAGAAGGAACAAGAUAAUGCAGCAGAAGGCUCACGCUCUGCUCAAAGAGAUACUGACUUAUAUAGGCUUCUUGUGGAUGUUGCUGUUGGUGGCAUACGGCCAGAGAGAUCCCAACGCCUUUUACUUGAACCAACACAUCAGGAGUAGCUUCAGUGGAGCGGCCUCGGACAGCAUGAGUCUGGAGGACGUAUUCACAUGGGCCAACACCACCCUGCUCACAAACCUCUUUGCAGAGUAUCCAGGUUUUAUCACAGAUGGAAAUUCCAAACUGGUGGGUAAUGCCAGAGUUCGUCAGCUGCGAGUGAAAGAGGACUCCUGCCAGACUGCAGGGCUCAUGCAUCCAUUGGUGGCAGACUGCAAUGCUCCAUACUCCUGGGAUGUGGAGGACAUGGGCUCCUAUGACACUGGCUGGAAUCGCUCUCUCCAAGACAACAUUUCGGCAAGCACUUCAAGUCCCUGGAAGUACCAGACGCAGACUCAGCUCAGGGGAAGAUUGUUCUGGGGCAAAACAGCGUUCUACAGGGGAGGAGGCUUUGUGGUGGAGCUUGGCCCGGAUUUAUCAAAUGCAAGCAGCACACUUGAGUAUCUUUUUGAGAAUAAAUGGCUGGACAUGUACACAAGAGCCAUCUUUGUUGAGUUCACUGUUUAUAAUGCAAAUGUGAACCUCUUCUGCAUCAUCACUCUCUUGAUGGAGACCACCGCAGUAGGAGUGUUUCAGUUCUACAGUGAGCUGCAAAGUAUCCGCCUUUACCAGUCAACGGACGGCCUCUUCUUUUUUGUCAUGGCUGCUGAGAUCAUUUAUUUACUUUUCAUCCUGUAUUACAUGUUCUUGCAGGCCAAAUUAAUGAGGCUGCAGCGCUGGGAUUAUUUCAGAAAUAAGUUGAAUCUUCUGGAGCUUAGUAUUAUUCUUCUCAGCAUGAGUGCCGUGGCCAUUUUCAUCAGGAGGACACUGCUUGGAAACCGAGAUGUGGCUUAUUACCAAACCCACAAAGACCAAUUUGCCAGUUUCUAUGACACGGCCACAGCCGACCAGCAGCUGCAGUAUCUCAUCGCGUUCCUGGUCCUUCUUGCCACCGUCAAAUGUUGGAACCUGCUCAGACUGAACCCCAAGAUGAACUUGCUCACAGCCGCCCUGCAGCGAGCCUGGACCGACAUUUCCAGUUUUCUACUCAUCUUCGGGGUCUUGUUUGUGGCAUACUCCGUCACUAGCAACUUGAUUUAUGGCUGGAAGCUUUCGUCGUAUAAGACCUUCUCUGACUCUCUUCUGACUGUCAUCAGUUUGCAAGCAGGGAUCUUCAACUAUGAUGAGGUUUUGAAUGGUGACCCGGUUCUUGGUGGAUUACUCGUCGGUUCCUGCGUUGUCUUCAUGACAUUUGUGUUGCUUAACCUUCUCAUCUCUUUGGUUCUUGUGGCGCUGAACAGGGAGCAGUUACUCCACAAGCCCUCAGAGGAAGAAGAGGUUGUUGACCUCCUGCUGAGCAACAUCUUCAGUCUCAUUGGCAUCAGAUAUAAAGACAAGAAAGACACGAUGACUGACAGCAGCGGCUUUGCCCUUAAUAACACCAAAGAAAUCACUAAAUCCCCUUAACUGAACUUUCGUCAGAACUCUGACAGAUAAAUAUCAGGAGAUGUAGCUCUA